GGAAGUUUCUUCAUCGCCUCAAUUUCCGGUUUAACUACGCCGACUUUAUUACUAUUAUCAUCGCGCGACACUGCCAUCUUUUCCAGCACUUGUCCCUAAGCCUUGAAUGCUGCGCCACGCCGUCAUCAUCCGUGUGAUGUUUCGUGUCGCUCGGUUGGGUUUGGCUCCGGGCCCGGGGUUGCCCUACGGUGGUGAUAUGUACCCCUUUCCCGCCCGUCGCUAUAUAAAGAUGCUGUUCUAGACUUUCAAGUUUGAACAUCUCUGUUUCGCAUUUCAAAAAUCUGUCUACUAGCGUCUAAUCUGUUCUGCUCUACUUCCAAUUCAAAGCCACAUACUCAACCUUCCAUCACUACUCUAAUCACCAAGAUGCAUAUCAAGCACCUCCUCCUCCCCGUCCUCGCCGGCCUCGCCGCCGCCCAACUCGACCUCGGCAACGUCGCCAACUCCAUCAUCUCCGAAGGCAGCAGCGUCCUCAACGCCGUCACCUCCGACGUUCCGGGCGCCUUCAGCUCCAUCACCGAUCGCGUGGCCUCCGGCGCCACCGACCUGGCCUCCGCGGCCGAAAGCCUGAACUCGCAAAUCACCAGCGGCGCUGCGUCGAUCGGCUCCGGUGUGAGCUCAAACAUCGCCACCAAGGCCAGCAGCGUCCGCUCGGACAUCACGGACGCCGCGUCGAGCGUGCGGUCGCAGGCGGGCGAGGCGAGCAGCUCGCUGAACGCCGCGGCGGGGAGCACGGGUGGCGCGCCAGUCCCGACGGCGGGAUUGCAUGCCAUGGCUGGAUUGGUGGGCGCGGGAAUUGUCGCGGUGGGAUUGUUGUGAGGGGUUCUCGGUGAUGGGUGCUGUUGAUCGUCCGGAAGUUGACCUCCAUAUCAUCUACCGCUCGGGAUAUUCGGCGCUGUCAGGCCUUACUUAGAGUUUCAAAGUCGUGAGGCGCUUGCUCGCGUUAUGGAGCUUUUGUAUGUCUAUAUUUUUCUUCUGGCUGGGGCUAGAGGCGCGUCAGUUCGACCAUCAAAAUUGUGUGAUAUGGAUGUGGAUAUCUACUGGAUCGCUGGGGACGAAACGUCAGACUGCACAGCUGGUUACUAUACC